AACAAAGCUUCUAACAAGACAACAUUGAGAUGUCACUCUCAAGCGCUCUCUUGCUGUUGGCCCUAUCGGCGCUACCUGCAGCUCUGACAGAAAGCUGUAGAGCCAUACUCAAUGCAACUGUGCCAGGAAACAACAGCCUUUGGGUCGAUGCAGACUCCACUGGCGCCGACUGCACCAGGAGCAUUUGUCGGCUCGGCUACCUGGAUUGCUUGGGCUCAAAGGGAUUCCCAAAGCCGUUUGGUGUCCAGGCGACCUUGCCCCGCACUGACGACAUGAUUCUGGUGUUCUCAGAUGAAUUCAACAGCAAGUGGCGUGACUUUGGACCUGGGAAAGACGCAAAGUGGCAAGCACUGGACCUGAUGUACGUGAACGACGACAAAGCCAUGUUCCGAAAGGAGGCGGUCACCAUAAAAAACGGCCGCGCGGUCCUGACCGCGUCCCGCACCACCAGUCAGGGUCCCUACUCGGCGCCCUGGGGCGACCAGCUGGCUGAAGCGGAAUACACCAGCGGCAUGCUUCAGGGCUGGAACAAGUUCUGCUUUACUGGCGGUUACAUGGAGGCCCGACUCAAGCUGCCGGGAGACGACGUGCACGGCGGCUUCUGGCCCGCAAUCUUCACGUUGGGCAACUUGGGCCGCGCUGGCUACUUACGCAGCACCGAUGGCAUGUGGCCGUUCAGCUACGACACGUGCGACCGCAACGCGGUGGCACAGCAGCCCUGGUCCGACCAUGUGGGUCAACGCAUCAACGCCUGCAACAGCACCAAAGGCCGCGGCGCGCCCGAGAUUGACCUGCUGGAGGUGGGCGUGUGGCAGUCCAAGAAUCCGCAGCUGUCCACCAGCCUGGCUAUUGCGCCGGUGCUGCCGGUGGGGCUGCACUGGCUGGACGUGGAGGGGGGCGUGUACUUCCCGACAUACUCAGACCCCACGCUGUACAGCUCUCCGAACGGCUGGGUUGGUGUCAACAGCUACAUGACCAACAAGACGCUGGCCAACGGCACCAUCGCUGAGGUGUUCAUGCCGCGCCCCGGCACACGCGUGGCCGACUCCAUGUCCGCCACACACGCCCUCAACGCCUCCCACUUUACCGAUUUCUACGUGUACGGUUUCGAUUGGAAGCCCAAGGAGUACAUUCGCUGGUACAUCAAUGGCAAGCUUAUCUACGAGAUCAACCAGAAGGCGCUGCGGGCGGCCUCCAACCUGGCCAACCAGUCCGUGGGCGAGCGCCUCAUCCCCGUGGAUCCGCAAUACAUCAACAUCAACUUGGCCAUGUCCAACAGCUUUGCUGCCAUCAGCCCCGACAUACCGCUGCCCUCAUCCAUGGAGGUGGACUACAUCCGCGUGUACCAGUCACGCGACUCCAUCAACGUGGGGUGCGACACGCCAGAGUUCCCCUCCCAGGACUACAUCAACAAGAACGUGCAGCGGUUUAAGGUCAACCUGCCUGGCUGGGAGGACUACGUGGGCGACUCGCGAGUAAUGGGCCCAACUAUGGAGCCACAGGAGGAGCCUGUGGACUACACGCCGGUGAUUGUGGGCCUGGUUGUGUCCUUCACCUGCGCCUUCCUCAUAGCCGGCGGCGUGGGAUACUGGCUGUGGCGCCGGAAGAAGCAGCGCGAGGCGGUGGCGGCCGCCGAGGCGGAAGCCGCUAAGAGCGGCUUCAAGCCGGAGCCUGCGAAGACGCUGCCCGACCAGCCGCAGCAGAAGCACUGGAUUAUCCGGUUCACAACUGGCUUGUGGGUUGGUGCGGGCGCCAACACACGCGCCAAGGUGACGCAGCCAAAGCGGCUCAGCGGCGCGAGCGACCAGGAGAUGCAGGUCCACGUGCACCCGCAGCAACCGCGCGGGCCAGCCAAGGUCGUGCCAAUGCUGGUGUAAGCAUAUGCUUUAUUAAGCGGGCGUGGCCGCGUUGUGCUUAGGAUUUGAUAAGCAGCCAACGCUGCUGGGAUUGGGGCCUUAUGAAAGCAUCGCCGCAUGGGUUGUUAAACGCGGGUCAUAUAGGAUUCGGUUAUCAAAUGCUGAUGCGUCGGGCAUUACGCGACCGUAAUGUGAUGUACUGCCGCCUCGCGCCGCCGCGCGGCAGACGUACACUACCAGUGGUGGUGCGGGGUAUAGCCUUGUGCCUUCCAAGGCCGGUGGCCCCUCCCUGCAACCCAAGUACAUAUAAACGCGAAUACACAUACGGGGGCGGUAAUAUUCAUGUAAACCAGUGUUUACAGGUGACGCGUGGCGCGAGAGUGUUUAAGGCGUAUAAGUGCGAUACUGCGCGUGUGAGACUGGUAGUGUGACAUGGUGAGACAGCCUUGACGCAUUCACAGCCGCCGAAAAGGCGGCGUAUUCCAGUACUUGAACGAUGACGCACGGAGUUGGGGCUACGUAUGUGCCCUGGGGGCGAUACCGUUGAGUGCAAUGUAAAUUGCAAGCGCGUAUGCCGGCAAUGUGGCGAGGUUCUGAGUGACGGAAAGCGACAGGUCCGCACACUCCCACU